AUGUCUGCCGUCUGGGGUUGGUCGAAGGUGGAGAGCACGCCGGAUGGCGGGGCUCCCUGCCAGAGAUCGCUGCACGCCGCGGCGGUUCUCAACGACAGCAUCUACGUCUUCGGAGGGUACGACGGAUCGAACCGAGUGAACGACUUCUACGAGUUUAAGAUUUCUACGGGGUCUUGGUCUAAGGUGCAGGCGUCUGGCACUAGCCCUUCGCCGCGCGACCGGCACACGGGCGUGGUGCACGGCAACUCUUUUUUCGUGCUCGCGGGGUUCGACGGAAAUCAGCGGGUCAACGACUUCUUCGAGUUCAACUUCGACACGAUGCAGUGGUCACCUGUGGUGGCGGCCACGGGGUCCCCCCCCAGCCCACGUCAUAGCCACGCCUCCGUGGUGCAUGGGAACUCCAUGUUUGUCUUCGGGGGUUACGACGGGAGCUACCGCAGCGACUUUCACGAGUACAACUUCGCCAGCAGCUCGUGGCUGCAGGUUAACGCGGCCGGCCGAGUCCCGAGGGCCCGGUACCGAGCGACGUGCGUGGUUCACUCCGGCUGCAUGUACCUCUUCGGGGGACACGACGGCACGCGGCACCUCAACGAUGUACACGUCUUCGACUUCGAUGGCACAGGAACGGGAGGGAACGAGCGGGGGGGAGGGGAAAAGGGUUGGUCGAGGUUCUGGAUGACGCUCAACACGGAGGGAACGGCACCGAUCCCUCGGGAUAGCCACGUUUCGGUUAUCCACGGGCAGUCGAUGUACGUUUUCGGGGGCUCGACCGGGUCGGCGAUGAACGACUUCCACGAGCUGAGACUGGACAAGUGUCGGUGGCAGCAGGUGCAAGCGUUGGGCAACGCGCCGAACCAGCGCUUCUGCCACGUGGCGUGCGUCAACAAGGACUCCAUGUUCGUGUUCGGAGGAUACGACGGGACAAGCCGGCUCAACGAUCUCGUAGAGUUUAGGUUUAGUAUCGACCUGAUGAGCUGUGACAUUCCCGAGAGCACGUUGAUCGGCAACUUGCGGGACAUGGUCAACAGCGAGCUGCUAUCGGACGUGACGUUCAUAGUCGAGGGUAAGCCAGUGCACGCGCACAAGGUGCUGUGCAUGCGGUGCACGUACUUCCGAGCGAUGCUGACGGGAGAGAUGAAGGAGAGCCGAGCGAAGACGAUCACGCUGCCGGACGUUCGGAGACCGAUUUUCCUGGCGCUCCUCGAAUACCUUUAUACCGACGAGCUGGACGUGGAGCUGGAGGUGGCGAUGGAGCUCUUCCAGGCUGCGGACCAGUUCGGGGUGGACCGCCUGAAGCGAAUGUGCGAGAGCACCAUGCUGGCCUCCAUCGAGGUGGAGAACGCUGCCAGCAUUUUUCACGCCGCGGACGAGCGCAACGCGAAGAUUUGUCCAGCACCGCACCAACACCACCGUCGCUGCGGGAAAAGUGCCUGA